AUGGCGAGUUCUAGUUCUAGAAUCGAACAAACUAGUACAGAUCAUUCCAGUUUGUAUGAAGCGAUAAAAUCAGGGGAUAUUGAUUCCCUGAAACAACUGCUGGUGAUAACAGCUCCAAAAUCGGAUGAGUUCGACGUUGAUAACCCUCUUCUCCGCCAAAACCAUUUCAACAACAAUUCCCUACACGUUGCCGUGCAGCUAUCAGAAACAGAGACCUUAGUAAAAGAGAUAUUUAAGCAAUGCGGUUCAUCUAAAUCGUUGGAGAUGUUAAUGCAACAAAACAUGAAUGGAGAUACUCCCUUACAUAUAGCAGUGAGGAUGGGGUCAGAGGAAAUAGUGAGGCUAUUUCUGAAUCACGCAGGCCGAGAUUAUCAAGCGAUAGAUCAUUAUAAUCAAAGGGGAGAUGAAGAGUGUGUCCAUAUUGAUGUCGAAAAGGGUGUAACAAUGACAGAAUUACUACCGGAAGCUGAAAAUGGUGCAACUAAAAUGAAUGUGGAGCAACUUGUGAGAAUUGCAAACAAAAUGAAUAAUACAGCGCUUCACGAGGCGAUUCGCUAUCAAGCCGAGUCUAGGAUACCGCAGUUGUUGAUAAGAGCAGACCCAGGUUUUGAUUAUCUUGCCAACGAUUCCGGCGAGACUCCACUCUACCUGGCUGUCAGCUUCGGAACUUCAACUCUUGUGGAACAUAUACUCAAGAUUCGUCCAACUCAAAGUUAUGGUGCCCCGGGUGGACGUACAGUGUUACAUGCACUAGCGCUGCAACGUUCCUUCUCCAACUCCUCCUUUGAAGGGAAUAAUUAUUCAAAUAUUGUCCAUCUAUUGAGGCACAUAGUGAAAGAAGUCGAUAUAAAUGGGCGUACGGCACUUCAUUAUGCAGUCCAUUCCCGUAACAGUGAGUUCGUCGAUGCGGUGAUGGAAGUCGAUCCAUCUGUUUGUUAUAUAUCUGAUAAAGAUGGCAUGACAGCCCUCCAUCACGCUGCAGCAGCAGAUGUUGGACCUUCGAGUAUUACAGAAUCUCAGGGUAUUAAAGAGAUAAUGAAAAUUAUGCUUCGGCACUGCAUGGAUUGCUGGGGAGUGGUGGACAACCGGGGAGAUAAUUUUCUUCAUAUUGCUGCUCAAAAUAAUAAUUCCUAUGUAUUGGAAUUCGUUCUAAAAGAGAUUAACUUAGAUUUGGCGGUGAACGCAAUCAUAGGAACGAAAAAUAAAUACGGACGCACACCUGCUCAAAUAAAUACUGAGUUCUUUAAAAUUCUCGAUUCUAACGCCAGAAUGCGGGGGAUCUGGAGAAGCCGGUCCUCGGCUUACGGGAUCAGCUUUAAGUCGUACGAGACUCCUCUUAAUAAACAGAGUGAAAAAUACAGAAAAGCAGCUGAGAGAACCGAAGCUGAAGAAGCAGCCGAGAUUAAAGAAGUAAAUAAAAUGAAGAGUGAACAAAUGGAGUAUUAUAACCAAACCCUUCUGGUGGUGUCAGCACUCAUAGCAACUGUUGCAUUUGCAGCUAAUUUUACUUUACCUGGAGGUUACAACGACCACGGACCCGACGAAGGCAUGGCCUUACUGGCUGAUAAACCGUCUUUCAUCGUGUUCAUAGUUUCUAACAGUUUGGCCAUGGUUCUCUCUGCUCUGGCAAUUUUAAUCCAAUUUGUGGGGAAAAUAAUAUCAAUAAUUUUAAGAGAACCUGAUGAAUUCAAGAAAGGUACCCUACUUUUUAUGACACUUCACUGCAACGUGCUUGCUAUUCUCGCAAUGAUGGUGGCAUUUGUGACUGGAAACUAUACGGUGUUAAGCCACUUGCCUGGACUUGCAAUUCCUGUUUGUAUUCUUGGUAGCGUCUUCUUUAUUUUAUCUUUCUUUUUGAUUUACAAGAUACUGAAAUGGGUGAAACAAGAUGAUGUUAAUUGGCACAAAGGUUGA